AUGCUUGCAUUUGUAUUUGAUCUUUUGAACAUCCAACUCGAACUCAAACUCUCCGUACCUGUAUUUCUCUCCGCCCUCCUAUCAUGGUCUUCUGCAAAAUACCCGUCGUUGAUGAUGCGUCUAACACACAAUACAUCGUACAUAUCGCUGUCAGCACUGGAACAGCAGCCAUGCGGCUCAUCAGCUACCAUCUUUCCGCCAGUCUCCAGCCCCCAGCACCGUCAACGAAGGCCUGUUGUUCCAUUAGAAGAUCAAUUAUUGGAGAAUAUGCAGAAUGUAACUGUGAACGACUACGAUUUCAUUAGCCUUGGUAUCACGCCUGUCAACAUGAAUCCCUGGCAACCGAAUUCAAUGUCGUUUGGAACAGCGUCAACAAACGGAUUCACGGGCUCAGACACCUCAUCAGCACCAAUGUCACCUAUCUCAUCACCUGGACCGAGGAAGAAUUAUGGAACACACGGGAACGGAUAUCAUCAACAGACGCAGAAGUCUUUUUAUAAAAGUCCAACACAUCCUAACCACUUCCGUAAUAAUCGAAAUGUCAAUGGAGGAACUUCUCAACAGAAUGGAUUCCAUAAUGGGCAACACUAUCAGAAUCGUAAUGGCUUCAAUGGUAACAACGUUCAGCAUACUGUAGCACCAACCGUACGAACGCUGCGGAAUACUGAAGAUUACAAACCAGGAAUGAGAGAUCUUGGAUACUGGUUGAAGAAGUUGCGACUCCACAAGUAUGCUCCACUCUUUGAAGACAUGACGUAUCGACAACUUCUGAAUGUUAACGACGAAGUUCUUGAGAAGAUGAGAGUGACAAAUGGAGCUCGUAAGAAGAUUUCUCAAUCAAUUGAAAAGCUGCACGAGCGACCAGAGCUCCUCCGAUCUCUUGAACAGAAAAUGAAAAAUGGAUCUCAAUGUGUAAGAUGUGCAAUUUGUUCGAUCAGGCAAUUACUCUGGAGUCCAUUCAUCAAGUAUGACGGUGGAAAUCGUAAGACAUCCGCUGAUAUCAUUGAUGGAUUCAAUGUUCCAAGUCAAAUGAUCUCUGAUGAUAACAUUCCUGCUCUCGUUUUUCGUUGCAUUGAAACUCUCAACAAUAUGGUUUUCCCUCUUCGCAAAGGACUUCAAGAUUUGGAAGAUGAAUAUCAGCUGACUAUGUUCCAUAUGUUUGAAAGUGUCAUGAAAAACGAAGCAUUCACUCCGAAUCAACAACGAAGAGCGUACAUCAUGAAGAAAAACGCAAGAAACUACGCGAAUCCGGAGGAAAUCCGUCGUCAUCGGAUGGGAAUGGUAUCGAGUUCUCAAUGCGAGGGAUGCCACCAUGCUGAAGUUGUGAAUAGAGAAAGACUCAUGGAACUUCAAGACAGACAAGCCAGACAAGCACGUGGUGAUCCAGUUGGACUCUCACUUACUUCCUGCACUGCAAUCCUGGAUUUGAGAUCUUCGAACAUGAAUGGACGACUUGAAUACAAUGUUCCACCGGCACCUGUUCCAACUCAACGGAUUCAGAAGAGGCCUGCGUUUAGUGGAGAUAUUGAGGAUGAAUGGGAUGGAUCUCCAAAGAUCACAGCUCCGUCAAGUUCACCACCAGAUUCAGUUAUAUUCGAGAGUCUGGUUCUUCCUCAAAUGAAGUCGUCACACUUCUGGUCGAAUGUUGAGAAUAUCUGGGGAGAUGAUGGAAACAAACCAUCAACAUCCUUCAGAUUUCCUUUGUAUCGGAGACCAGAAGAAAUGGAUGAAUCAUCAAACACCGAGAGUCCAGUAAACAACGAGGAUGCAUUCACAUUUUUGGAAAUGGUUUCUGAGAAACAGCCAUCCAAAGAUAUAUCUCUUAGCGAUUUCGCUUUCCCUGAAGCCUCUUCAAAAAAAGCCAACUCCACCGGCAGUGGUUGCUCUUCAUCUGAAAGUGAAGUGUCUAUCGUAACAUCUCCUUGUGCUUCAAUGACGGGUACAGAAGAUGAACCGAUUUUAUACGGUGUGAAUCAAAUUCUGUAUCCAUCGUCUCCAUUCGAAUGA